UAAAAACAAAUCAUAUUGGAAUCAAGGUUUUGAAACUUGCAUGCAUGAUUUUUUACUGCACCUUGUAGCAAACCCGCCUGAUUGUUUAACUGGGUAGAAGCACGCAUUUGAGGACCCAAAUUAAGGCUAUUUUGAAAAGCACCUAUAUGAUUAUGGGCACUCCCCGCAGCGCCUUACAGGCGCGGAGGUUCCCUUCCGCAAGUCGGGCUCUGCUGCUCGCAGCAUUGCUUGCGUGUGCAGGUCUCUUGGUCCACGGCCACGUGAUAUCGAACCCACCACCCCCGAGAAAAUCGCCACCUUCUCCCCCCAAGACCAAGCCACCUCCACCUCCUAACAACAAGUCACCGCCGCCGUUCCCGAGGGCCAAGCCUCCUCCUCCUUCACCCCUCGCGAAAAAGUCACCUCCGCCCCUUAAGCGCCAGCCUCCACGUUUCCCGCCGAAGUCCCCGCCUUUGACCCCCGGCUUCCCGUUCUUUUGCAACUUCAGGGUCCGUGCGGACCGCAAAGUGAAUGACCAGAGCAUUGAAUUCCCAGCAAAUGUCGGAGUAUGCCAAGCGGCCAAUGAGCGCAUUGUUGCGGACCUGACAUCCAUCUUCACGGCGGUCGGUGCCUUCAGUGUCCAGAUCAAUCCCGAUCCGUGCACUGUUGACGAGGACCCUGCGUUCUCCGUCACGGGCACGUAUGCCCAUCGAAACGCUACAGCGGUUGCCGCAGUCGAUGGCUACGAUCUGGCGAAUGAAUGGCUCCUUCGUCUGUGGUCAUCUCUGCGCUCCUGCACCGGCGGGGGCAAUCUUUUUGUGACGAUUUCGACGGAAUCGCCUAGUUCGACGCAGUGCAUCGUAGGCUCUGCUGCGCUUGCCUUGGUUUGCUAGAAGUCAGGUCAAGUCAGAUUCGUGGUGGGCGAAGGCGAGCUGAGGUUGAUGUGCUGAAAUCAAGGAGAAGACCAAGACUACUGUGAUGACCGCGGAUUACAUGCGCAGGGCGCAGUCAUCAAACGGAAGAUGUCUAGGAAUCCACGCACACAUGCACGCAUGUGUGUGUGUGUAUAGAUAGACUUCCGUACGCGGAGCCGAACGAGCGGACGCGGCGCGUUCCGCCGCCUGAGUGGUGCGUGCGCAUGUGUGCGUGCGACUUGGCUGUCUCCAUAUCGUCCAGCAUCGGUUACAUUAUUAGCUGGGGUGGACCAUUGCUGCAUUGUUCAAAUUUGAACUGAUCGGCGCCUAGAAAGUCUGAACAUCAUUAUCCCUGCUUGCGAUCCCUAAGGCUAAGAUGCGACCUGGUACUGCUGUUUAGGAGGGCUGUUGGUCUAAGCGCGCGCUUGACAAACAAACAGCGCGGGUAUUGCGAACUCCUGAGUCGGUCGCGGUGAUGAUGAGCCUCUUGUUGAUAAACAUCAGCAAAAUGAGAUCUCCCGUCUUCGGUAGCAGCUUAACGGAUUUUGGGCUGACGGGUUCCAGGGAGUCCUUCCUGAAAGCGGGCUAAGACUUGGAGUCUCCUCUGAUGGACUGAUUGGCUGAGCUGCUGGGGAUGCCUGUGGUGGCUUGUCGCCUGGGUCGGUUGCCCUGCUUGCCAAUCCGGCUAGCUAGGCGACCUUCGCUUAAUGUCGGUACCGGGGUCCAUCCGCGGGUCACCACGUACUUAGUAGUAAUAAGCUGACGCGCGUCUCUAAUGGAUAGAGUCGUCAGGCCUUUGCGGGCGCCUGGUCUAGCUUCCGCGCGGAACACAAUACGUAGUUGGUGGGCGGGAUGCAACCAUGCAUCGAUGAUCUAUAUUUAUAUAUGCGUUCUGAUUCGCUGUAUGUAACAGAAUUCCAACCAUUCGAACAG